AUGGUGCGCUCUGUGUCACACGACCUUGUGGUGGCAGCACUGCUGCUGCUGUCGUUCCGCAGCGACGUACCACCCAACGACAUUGUUGACGCCCUCAUCAAGCGUGCCAGUUCUACCACCAACUGGAUCGUCGUGGCCAAAACCCUGCUUGUCAUCCACCACCUCCUUCGUGAUGGUCAUGAGCGUACCUCAAAUUGCUUUGUGACGCGCGCGACUCAUCUCGAGCUGGAUGAUUUUCACGACACCAAGGCCCCAUUCGGCGAGGCUUUCAGCCUAAUGGUGCGCUUUUAUGCCAAGUACAUACGUGCUAAGCUGCAAGCUCAGCAAAAGAUGGGCUACGACGUUUGCCAUGCACGCACUGGAAACAAGACAUCCUUCUAUCACACUGACAAAACGGAUGCGCUCCCCGGGACGGUGCAAACCCUACAAACACUAACCGAGGCUCUACUCGACAUUCUUCGAGCUUCUCGAGGCAUUGAGGGUCGGACACCCAUCCCUGCUCCCGUGCCGCAAUCCCAGCUCCUUCAGGAUGUUAUUCUGCAAGAAGUUUUUCGCCUGUGCUUUAACGACAGCAUGCGACUGUUCGUCUGCCAAAAUGACGCCAUGCUCAAUGUUCUUGAGCGCUUCUUCAAAAUGAGCAAAACCGAGGCUGCCGCCCAUCUGGCCCUCUACGAACGUUUUGCUCAGCAAUGCAUCGACAUUGACCAGCUGGCCUAUUUGUGUCACCAAUCUGGACUUCAAGACCAGCGUGACAUUCCUGCCCUGGCCGAGGCGCCAACCUCGCUCCUCCCAGCACUGCGACAAUUUGUUGAGCAGUACGGCACAAAGACGGCUUCCGAACGCCAGGCCAUGACCCAGGCAGCACACGGAGAGAUGACCGCCCACUCCACAACCAUGAGUCACAUGGAUUCUCGCGUCCGGAUAGAGAUGUCUGAAGAAGAAACUGAGGCAUAA